GGUCGCGUCACUUACGGUCCACAAAAUAUGUCAAAGUCAAACUGAUCGGUGUUCGUCCGCUGUGCUCAGUUGUAUUAUCUAAAUAAUACCUUCUAAUAUACUAUUGAAAACACUAUCGAAAGUCGAAACCCGUCAUCAAAAUAUAUCGUCGAAUAGCAACCACGAGCUGUACGUCGAAGUGCUGCGAGACAUGAUAAUUUUAUUAUCUCGAGCCAGGCUUGCAGCUACGUCGUCUGUAGCAGUGUCGUGUCUCAAAAGUCGAGUUCGACCCAUCCAAUUAAGGACAUUUUCCGUAAACGUAUGUCGCUUGCAUAAUAAAUAACAAUAUACGUUCAUUGCCCACGUAACGGCCUUUCGGAAUACGAUAAAAGGCCAAUGAAGAAGCAACAGCCAGUCGCAUUUGAGCCCGGCUCAAGUCGCGUUCAACAAGUCAAAUAAUUCAUUUAAAAUCGCAGACCCGGUCCGCGCCCCGUGGAUCGUGGAAGUAAACAAUAUUUAAAGUUCAUGGAAUCACUACCAGACAAUAAUGGCAAGCAAGAUCGCCGUCGGAGCCAAUACACAAUACAAUUUUAGCUGUUUGUCUGUCCGUAUGUCAGAAUUGAAGACCAACGACGGUGUCAAGUAUUUUGUUUUAGUAUCUGACGAAAAUCCAGAACAAAAAUUUAUUUUAUUGCAUAAUGAACCUUUUAUAUUGGGAAAAAAACAACAGAUUGGAAUGGUCAAUCAUAAAUUGUCGAAAAGUCAAAUGAAAUUUGUAGCAGACUAUUCUACGGGUAAAAUAUGUGUUCAACAAUUAGGUAAAAGUAGAUCAGCUAUUAAUAAUCAAUCUAUGUCAAAAGGAGAAAAACGACUCUUAAAUCAUGGAGACAAAGUGGCGUUGUUGUAUAAAAGCAAUCACACUUAUCAUUUUGAUUUUUUAACACUUUCUUAUAAUAUAGACUACAACAAAAACAAUUUUUUUUGUAUAAAUAAAGCAAUUACACCAAAAAUACUUCUUUCAAAUUCUACAUCCAUGUGGGAUAUUAUAGAUGGUACAUUGUUGGUGUUUAAUAGUACAAAUAUUGUUCAUAAAGAUAAGAUAGCGGCAUUCGAUAUGGAUGGAAUACUUAAUGUUGCUCUGUCAGGUAAAGAUUUCCCUGACGAUGAGAAUGACUGGAAAAUUUAUAACUCUAACGUUAAAAGAUCUAUUAAAAGUUUAUCUGAUAAUGGUUAUAAAUUAGUAAUAUUUACUAACCAAAGAGAUAUUGUUGGUAACAAAGAAAAUGAAAAAAAAUUUAAAACAAAAAUUGAAAAUAUCCCUAAAUUGAUCAAAACACCAGUUCAAGUAUUUAUAGCUACUCGGAAAGAUAUAUAUGGAAAACCUGCUCCAGGAAUGUGGAAUAUUUUGUUGUCUGAUUUCAAUGGAGGUAUAUCAGUUGACACAGAUAAGAGUUUUUUUUGUGGUGUUGCUGCAGGUCGACGUGCUCGUUUUAAUUCUGAUGGUAAACGAGUUAAAAAAGAUCAGUCAUGUUAUGACCGUUUAUUUGCUAUGAAUAUUGGUCUUAAAUUUUAUACUCCUGAGGAAUACUUUUGGAAAGAACCUACUUCAGAAGCUUUUGCAUUACCUUCGUUUAAUCCAAAUGAUGUUCUGUCUAAUAUCUUUUACACAAAUUUAUCAUCCCAAGUUUUGUUUUCCUCACAUAAAGAAAUGAUCAUUAUGGUUGGUUGUCCUGGUUCAGGGAAAAGUUAUUUUGCAGCUAAUAGUUUAUUGUGUCAUGAUCGUAUGAAAAUAAUUAAUAGAGAUACUCUAGGCUCAUGGCAAAAGUGUAUUGCAAAGACUACAAAGUAUUUAUGUAGUAGUAGUGUGAGUGUAGUAAUUGACAAUACAAAUCCGGAUGUAGAAACAAGAAAACAAUUUAUUGACAUUGCUAAAAUCUUCAAAAUACCAUGUAGAGUUUUUUUAAUGAAAGUUUCCAAACAGCAUGGAAAACAUAAUAACAAAUUUCGAGAAUUAACUGAUAAACAGCACCCAAAAGUAUCUGAAGAAGCAAUUGACUUAUACUUUUCUAAAUUUCAGAAACCUUCUAAAAAAGAAGGUAUUUCUGAAAUAGUUCCAAUCAAUUUUGUUCCUCACUUUAAAAAUCCUUAUCAUGAAAAGCUAUACAAAAUGUUCUUGCUUUGAUGUAGUACCAUUUAUUCAGAUUGUUAAAACCAAUAUGUAAUUAUUUUGAAAGUUUUUUGAUUUAUAAAGAGU